AUGGGCAAGUCUCAAUCAAAGCUUUCGCCGACGCAGCUCGAUGAGCUGCAAAGGGCAACACAUUUCGAUAAAAAGGAGCUACAACAAUGGUAUAAAGGAUUCCUCAAGGAUUGCCCGUCCGGUACCCUGACCAAGGAAGAGUUCCAGAAAAUCUACCGACAGUUCUUCCCCUUCGGUGACCCGUCCUCCUUUGCCAACUAUGUCUUUCGCGUUUUUGAUUCGGACAACAGUGGGAUGAUCGAUUUCAAAGAGUUUAUCUGCGCCCUUUCCGUGACUUCACGGGGCAAGAUGGAGGAUAAACUGGAUUGGGCAUUCCAAUUGUACGAUAUUGAUGGCGAUGGGAAAAUCACUUAUGACGAAAUGCUGGCCAUUGUCGAGGCGAUCUAUAAGAUGGUUGGAUCUAUGGUGAAACUUCCCGAGGACGAAGAUACCCCGGAGAAACGCGUACGGAAGAUCUUCCGGAUGAUGGACAAGGAUGAGAAUGGUAGUCUCGACAUCGAGGAAUUCAAAGAAGGCAGCAAACGGGAUGAAACCAUCGUCAGUGCCUUGUCGCUUUACGACGGAUUGGUUUAG